CCCACACCCCGACCCCCCACUGCACUGAGGGCCUUCUCCAACUGCAAAAGGUCCAGACAAGACUGACCAGGAUUCUGGAGGGGGGUCAGUCAACGCCACGGACUGUCCCUGAACAGAGAGACCUUGGAGUGCAGGUUCAUAGCUCCUUGAAAGUGGAGUCGCAGGGUAUUAGAAGAGGAGGAUUCACAGUUGGGAAAAUUAACCUAAUCACUGUGGAGAGAGUGAGGACGGCAGAUGCUGCAGAUCAGAGAUGAGAGUGUGGUGCUGGAAAAGCACAGCAGGUCAGGCAGCAUCCGAGGAGCAGGAGAGUUGACGUUUUGGACUGGAGCCCUUCAUUAAAAAACUGUGUCAGGAUCUUCACCAUUGCCUGAAUAUCAUAGACAAAUAGUUGCCAUUUCACGUUUAAUGGUCAGUCAGUGAGAAAUUAUUUCAAACCGUAGUGUGACUGGAAAUGUACGAGAACACACACACGCACCUGAGUGAGUGUGUUCCAGAGCAUCAACUGUACGUGGAGCUCCGUGCUGUUACACAGCUCUAAAGGAAACCACAGUUCGUGGCAGAGAAUAAUUCCCGGGGUUUGUGUGUGGUACAGGCUUCAACAGACUGUCUAAUCUUGAAAUACACAAGGCCUUGCGCCCCAUGGAGAAACGGUGGAAGUGUGAGAACUGUGGGAAGAGAUUUUGUUACCCAUCUCAGCUGGAAAGUCAUGGACGCAGUCACAGUGGGGAGAGGCCGUUCAUCUGCUCCCAGUGUGGGAAAGGGUUCAGUCAGUGCUCCAACCUGAAUAAACACCAGAGAACUCACUCUGGGGAGAGGCCGUUCACCUGCUCCCAGUGUGGGAAAGGGUUCACUCAGUCAUCCAAUUUGGAAAAACACCAACAAACUCACAUUGAGGAAAAGCCAUUCGUCUGUUCAGAGUGUGGGAAAGGGUUCACUCAGUUAGUCAACUUAGCUACACACCAGAGAACUCACACUGGGGAGAGGCCAUUCACCUGCUCCCAGUGUGGGAAAGGGUUCGCUCAGUUAUCCAGCCUACAUGUGCACGAAAUAACCCACACUGGAGAGAAACCAUUCUGCUGCUCCGAGUGCGGGAAGGGAUUCACUCAGCUGGCCAGCUUACGCACACACAGAAGAAUUCAUACUGAGGAGAAACCAUUCAAUUGCUGUUUAUGUGGGAAGGGAUUCACUCAGUUAUCCAACUUACAGACACAUAUGAUGACUCACAGCAGAGAGAAACCAUUCAGCUGCCCUGAAUGUGGGACACGAUUUACUCAGUUAUCCAGUUUACACAGACACAAGAGGACUCACACAGGGGAGAAAGCAUUCACGUGUACCCAGUGUGGAAAGAGAUUCACUCAGUUCUCCAACUUAUGCAGACACAGCGAGAACACACACCAGGGAGAAAGGCUGCAUUCAGGUGCUCAGACUUAAAUAAACACAAGCAAUCUCCCACUGGGGAAAAGCUCUUUACUUUUGGUCCAACCUGCUUAUUAUAAACGGUGCUGUGAGUGAUCUUUGUGACGGCUGGAUUGUGGGAAGUGCUUUAAAAGUUCCAGGGCACUGACUGCACCGUCAGGAUGGCACUGACGAGGUGUUCGUUGAGUGGGCCUGGGUUUGACUGAUCACCUUACUGCACUCCGACUGGAGAGUGACUAUUCACGAGGCUGCUCCAGAUCCGGGAAGGAACGCACUCUGCUAUCCCAAACAUCCAGACACUGGCAGGUUCACGGCAGACUAUCCGGGUUGAACUGCACUGGUCACAUCCAGGAUUGGGCAUGGAGCUGGAUCCUCAGGAGUGAGAGAAAUGUAUCUCAGCCACGCUACUGCGUGGUUCACAGCUCCGAGACACCGAACAGAAGUCCUUAGGUGAUGGUGUUUCAGGGAAUGGCGUCAAACUGCUCUGUUGCUUUCUGAAAGUAAAACACACAGGUUCAGUUUUGAAACUGAGAACGGCUGUGUCCAUUACGGUGCAUUAAUUUGAAAGGUUGCUGUGUUGUUCCUCAUUCAACUGUUGGAAGGCUACAAUCAUCACGACUCAUGUUAAUGUGGGAACACAAGGUGUUUUCCAGAUGGUCCAAAUCUCAGCUGAAGAGGGAGAUUUUAUUGAAGCAAGAAGCUUAGGGACAACAUUCCAAAGUUUGGGACCCAAGAGCUAAAAGCAUAACCACCAAUGGGGGAGUGAUGUAGAUUGGGAUAGGCAGGGGUUAGAGUUGAAAGAAAACCAGGAUCUCAGACGGUUGUAGGGCUGGUGCAGUCUUUAUAUUGCAGUGUGUCAGGGAGAGGGGUUCUCCCCCAGUGAGUGAGGGGGCUGCGGUUUGAAGGGGUUGGGGAGGGGGAAGGGGAGGCGGAGAGGAGCUGAACAGGGGCUAUAUUGCGGUGU